AUGGCUGGGUUCUUGCUCCUUUCAGCUGGCAUGGAGGGGGCUCCACCAGAUGGUCCCGGAAAACCCCCGCUGGUGACUUCACUCUGGAUCCAGCCCUUGUCCCUGUGGGAGUCCCUGGACUCGGAGGGGAAGGAUCCCCGGCCUGAGCCCGGCUCUCCUGGUUGCGCCUCCUGGCCAGGGGGUGCUGCUGUGCAGGGGGCAGCUGAGCCCUUGUCUGGGCCCAUUCCGCCCUGUGAGUGGCCGUUCCUGAGGACGUGUGCCAGAAACCCCAGGGUGCUGCUCAGUGCAUCCAGUGCUCCCCGGCCAGCUGCUCCGCAUGGAGACCGGGAACGCAGAAAACGAGUUCUCCCUCGUGCAUCGUUGUGCGGCCCUCACCAGCGACACCUUCGACCGGCUCCUGGCAGGGGACCCGCAGUACUGGAGCUGUAAGAGCAGUGUGGCAGCCUUCAUCCUGGAGCGAGAGGUGAUGGACACGCAGCAGGGUUGCAGGGAGAGCUUUGAGCUGGUGGCGCUGGGCACUGGCGAGACCUGCUACGGUGGCUGGCUGGAUUUCAGAGGCUGGCGGCUCCAUGACAUGCACGGCCUGGUGGUGGCUCGCCGGGCGCUGCAGAGGUACCUGUACAAACAGCUGCUGCUGUGGUGCAGCCUGAAGGAGCCAGCGGACCGGGAGAAAUGCAUCUUCCAGCCCUCAGCAGAGGGGGGGCUGCUGGCCCUCAAGCCGAAGGUCUUUGUGCAUCUGUAUCUGAGCCACGUGCCCACAGGGGCCUCCGAGAACUUCCUCAUCCCGUUCCCUGGGAGAAAGCCCUCGGUCAGCCUCUACGUCCAUGCCAAGGGCACGCUGAUGCCCGUCCCCAGCUGCCCCGCAAGCCUGCUGGCCGCCUGCGUCUGCUGCGCCUCCGGCAGCGACAAGCUGAGCCGCUGGAGCGUGCUGGGCCUGCAGGGGGCGCUCCUCAGCCACUUCAUGGAGCCGCUGUACCUCUCCAGCAUCAUCCUAGCGGACCCCAGCCCCACCCAGCUCGCCCUGAACUGGGUCAUCCACGAGCGGCUGCAGCUGGGCCCCGAGGCCGGCCUGCCAGCCCCCUAUGCCCAGCACCAAGUCUCCUUCUUCCUGGGACCCCACGUCAGCCCCCUCAGCUCCAGCGCCGAGUGCAGCAGCCUGAGCCUCAACUGGUGCCGCGGGGACGCAGCCCCAGAGCAGGUGGACGGCACCACUGGGCUGCUAGUGCCGAAGAACCCCACCGCAGAGGACCAGGUCUUCCCCAGCCAGAUCUGCAAAGCCGCCAUGCUGCGAUACUUCAGGGAGGUGGCGCAGCAGAUGAACAGGAAUGCCCUGCUGGCGCUGCCCACUUACCACCGAGCCAAGAGCCAGGCUGAGUCUUACCAGAGCGCCAAGGAACAGCUCUUCGCUCACCUGGCCUCCCAAGGGCUUGGCAAGUGGCCUCAGAAGCACCUGGUGGACAACUUCACAGGAUAUGCCGUGAAAUAGCCCCGGGGAGGGGUCUGGCCACCUGCCUCCUGGAAAUGCCCCUGGGGCGGGGGAAGGAGUAAAAUCUAGAGACUGUUGCAAAUUUUGGGAGUUGGGGUUAGGGCUUUUAAACUCUGUUUGCCAUGCUGUGUGGGGGAGGGGGCAAAUGCCCACUUUUCAUUUGAUUUUUUCUUUGAAUUGCGAGGGCUGUCGAUUGCCCGGAGUUGCUCCCGCUGGUUCAGCCCUCUUGGCGCAGAGCAGCUGCCAACCUGCUUUCACGGAUGGGUUAGUGCCGGUGCAUUUAGCCCAGAAUUUCUCCCUCUGUAUCAGCCUUGUCCAGCGGUUAAUUACACUCCUCUGUUACCUAGAUUGAGCUGCUUUUAGUUUCACUCACUCACUCGCUCUCAGGCAGAUUUUCCAGCCCUGGAAUCAUUCUUGUGGCUCUUCGAGCCCUUUCCAGUGUGUCUGCUGCCCGUCUGAAGUGUGUCCAUCUAAGGAAUAAAAUCUCUACGUCCCCUAUAGACCUGAACUACAUUUUGUCAAACAAAGUUAUGUGACCAAGCGGCCUUCGGGAAAGAGAGAGAACCUGCAUCUCAAAGAGGUAAAAGACACUUUCAGUUCCAUAUAAAGUCACAUUCCAGAGCAGGGUAAAUGUGAUGACUCUGAAUUAGGACAAGAUUCUCCCACUGCCUUCACCUCUGACCUAUUCAAACCUGUUUCACUCAGCACUGGCUCAUUAUUACGGAGUUGUGUUACUUAAGAAAGUUUUAUCAUCAUCAUCCUAAUGGGAAAAAAACAGCCAGCCUUUCCUUCGGCAAACAAUCCCAACUCAGCAGGAAAAUGACCAGAAGUGGCUUUGGAAAUCGAUCCGAACUGGGAUUUAACCUCAUAAUGCUCAUAUCAUGUUUGGGAUUAAUUGAAUUCCCCUUUCCGGUGGGUGACUCUUUAA